GAAAAUCUCACAAAACUUACAGUGAGACCAACCCUUUUACGCAGCCAUGUUUGAAACCAAAGACAAAAUUGACGCGCGUGGGAGGAGUCGUGUUGUUCCCGCCAAUGCCCGCCAAAUAUCUGUCAAAUUGUCAAAAUCAGGCCUACUCGGGAUAAGUUUACGUGUUUAAGGUUGUUUAUUUUUAUGUUUUAUUUAGUAUUCCGUACAGUGAAAUCAUUGUGAAAAUGUCUAAUCUAGACGAAAGUGAAGAAAAUUUAAUAGCUUUAAUGGACAGUCUUUGUUCAGAUCUAAAUGUUGACCCUGUUGCUGCGAAAAAGGCUAAGGACUCAUUUUUACAUUUAAAACGACAUUUUACUUUAGAUGGUGAUACAGGGCAUUGGAUGGCAUGUGCCCUGUAUGUGGCAUGCAGGACCUCUAUAACACCAACUGUGCAGUCUGGGAAGGCUGUAGAAGGAAACUGUGUCAGUCUUACCAAGCUAUUAAGACUAUGCAACAUAAGUCUGAUUCAGUUCUUCAAAAAAAUCAAGAAUUGGAUGGAGAUGGCUUUAAUGUCAACUGAGUUUAGAGAAAGGAUAUCUCAUUUGGAGCACAAGUUUGCAGUGUCCACAGUUCUGUACAGAAACUUCCAGCCCAUCUUCCAGGAAAUCUUUUCUGGUUUGACCAAUGAGCCUUUGAAACCUAGCACUAUUAAGAGAAGAUCCAAGAACCAACCUUGUAGUACAAAUGCUCUGUAUGAGUUCACCUGGUGUUUAUACAUAUGUGUUAAGGGAGAGUUCCACAAGUCUGCUCAUGAUCUUGUUGACAUGUACCAUCUGCUGCUUGCAUGUUUGGACUUUGUGUUCGCCAAUGCUUUCUUAAGCCGAAGGAUUGAUUUAAUUAAUCCUGCCUUCAAAGGUGUACCAAAAGAUUGGUUAAGUGAUGACUUCAAAAUGCCCAAUACUGCACCAUGUAUCAUGUCCACAUUGUGUGAGAUAAAGAAUGGUCUACUAGUAGAUGCUGCUUCAACUAAGGAGUACAGCUGGAAACCUGUUCUGAAGUCAUUCUUUGAAAAACAAAUCCUGAAAGGUGAUAAGGAACAGCUUUCCGGAGUCCUUGAUGUAGGAUAUUUCGAUCAAAAUCUUAAAUCAUUGAACAAUUUGUAUGAAACUUAUGUUUUAAGUGUUGGAGAAUUUGAUGAGCGCAUAUUUUUGGGUGAACAUGCAAAUGACCAAAUUGUAACUUCCAAUAAAGUGUCUGGAGAUGAAAUAUCACAAGUUAUUGCUACAUUUGGCCCAAGUAACCGAGCCUGCCACGAGACUCCGCUAACAGGACGCCGGUACUUAGCUCGCCGGGACGAGGAACUCACACCAGUUUCUGAAGCUAAGAACAGCCUCGCUCGUCUCGCUUCCUACCUCAGAAAUGCCAAACCACAACCUUCCAGGGACCUCUUGAAAUUGUUCUCUGAUUGCAAUGUAAACAUGGAGGCAAUAAACACGAAUUUAGUACAGCCAUGUAACCGCUGGAUGGAGAAGUUUGCUAACAGUUUGAGAGAGAGCAACACCACUUCCAGUAACGAGACUAUAUCAUUCAGAUGUAAUAUGGUCACCUGUUUGUAUUACAAAGUGUUUGAACACAUCAUCAGAGAAGAGCAUCGGAAGAAACCACAAGUGUCCUUAAAUAUGCUGCUGACUCAGGAAACCUACCAAUUGGCAGUUUACGCGUGCUGUACAGAGAUAGUCCUACACGCUUAUGGCUUCCACUCACUGAAGUUCCCGAAAGUAUUGCAGAUAUAUGGACUCAGUGCCUUCCACUUCUAUAAGAUUAUCGAGCUUGUAGUGCAGGCGGUCGUCGAGAAACUCAGCCGUGAUGUCAUUAAACAUCUCAAUGCUGUAGAGGAAGAAGUGUUAGAGUCCUUAGUGUGGACAUCAGACAGUCCACUAUGGGACCAGCUCAGUAAAACUCCAGUACCAGCAUCCAUCGACGUUAAAGUUCAGGACUCGCCGCAUCGUAGAAAUGGUCUUCAGUCACCAGUGUCGUCGGUUAUGGAUCGUUACCUCUCACCUAUAGCGGACCAGGCGAAAAAGCAGCUGUUCAAAGACACAAUCAAACCGGGACAAUCUUUACUUGUUGCCACAAACAAUACGCCAUCUAAACAAGAGGCAAGCACUUCACAACCUACUCCAGGUUGUUCAAACGGCGAGUCGAAUAGUAACACAACUACACCUAAGAAAACCAAUAACUCGUUAAUAUUGUUCUUUAGAAAGUUUUAUAGUUUAGCUGUUGUACGUGUAAAUGAUUUAUGUACUCGACUGCGUUUAACUGACGAAGAACUGAAGAAGAAGAUAUGGACGUGUCUAGAAUAUUCUGUGAUGCACCAGACGCAGCUUAUGAAGGACCGUCACCUUGACCAAAUACUCAUGUGCGCCGUCUACGUUAUAUGUAGAGUAUCGAAUAAUCCUACAAAUCAAGUAGAGAGAACAUUUACAGAAAUCAUGCAUUGUUAUAGACAGCGGCCAUUAGCCGAUAAUCAUGUGUACAGAUCUGUUCUUAUUAAACAGAGUGAUGGAGAGAGUUCACCAGAAAGAGGCGAUUUAAUUAAUUUCUACAAUAAAGUGUAUGUCCAAUGUAUGCAAAACUUUGCAUUAAGAUUUACUGGGAAACAUAAAGACGAAUGUAGUCUGUCUCCGCUGCCGGCGGGUCGCGGCGAUGCGACGUGGUCCCCCGCGGGCCAGCGCGUGUCAGAGAGGCACCAGCUCUACGUCAAGCCUCUCACUACGCCGCCACCCCCGCACCAUCAUCUCACCUACCGCUUCAGCCGCAGCCCUGCUAAGGACCUACACGCCAUCAACACAAUGGUGUCGUAUGAGAUGGGCGGGAUGGCCACGUCGGUUGGUGCGCUGGGAAUGAAGCGCGGCGCUGAGGCAGGUGGGGACGUCGUGAAGAGAGCACGCCUCGCGCACCCCAGCGUGGCGCGUCGUCUGCAGGGACUCAUGUCCGACCGACAGGCUGUCUAGACGUUUUUGUUUGUUUCCAGAUUCAAUCAAAUCCAUCCAAAAUUUACAUUCGAGUCUAUUUACGUUUUCUUAGUCAUAUUUAUUUCAUUUCAUUUAGUACCAAAAAUCGCUUCUAGCUCUCUAGCCGACGUAUUUUUUUUCCUUUAAAAACGUUUUGAUUAUAUGACGAAUUCUAAUAUGUAAAUGUGAAAUCAAUUUUGUUAAGAUUGACCGCAAUGAUUUGAUGUUUAGUUUGUCACAACCUGUACUGCAAGCAGUGCCAGAACGCCGCCCGGAGGCAGUGUCACGCGUACUUAGCGCCCGCAACGUUGAGAAAAAUACAUAUUGAUCUCAUUUUUUAUUUAUGUUGAUAAUACAUAUAGUAUUGAUAUGCCAUAACUUGAAUUUUGCUCAUUGCUUAACGUAAGAUUUAAGUUAUAAUAGUAAUCGAGUCUUUCGAGGGCUGUGUCAGAAUGAAUUGGUGUUUCUGAAGCAAGAACACUGUUUUAUUUACCAGGUUUCUGCCAACAUACAAGGAUGUAAUUUGAUUUAUUUUCCAUCUUAACAUGAUUGACUGAAUAAUUUGUUUGUAGCAAAUGUUUUAUUUUACUCCAUAGUUUUCAUACUGUAGGUAUGGCGCUACCUAAAGUUAAGUUCCUCUUAAAUUUUGUUUAUUACAAUCUGACAUAUUUUAGUUUCUUCCAUUAUUGUAUUAUUAUUCCUUAGUUUGUAAGUAAUCAGAGAAAAUUAUAAAUCAAUUUGUUUUAACUACCAAUCAAAAUUAAAUGAUUGUAUAUUUCGGACAUAAGCACUAUAUA